UACUAAGACACUACGUAUGAUUGUGUUUGAAAAAUCUCGCAAAUAGUAUCUCUAUUCUUCAGACUUCUGGCUUAAUUUCAAUGCUACGGAACUUGCAGCUAUGAAUUUAAAGGACUUGGACAUAAUAAAGUUAAGAAAAUAUGUAACAGAUCAGUUAGACAGUGUAACUUGUAUUAAUUGUUGUAAAUUCUAUCUAGUUCCAACUACAGCGACAUGUGGACAUACAUUAUGCCAUACUUGUUGGCAGAUACGACGCUCCUGUCCUUCAUGUGCAUCACAUGUUAUUAAAUUGAGACAUACCUUCGAAUCUCUAUUUGACAUACAGUUGGAUUAUUUUACCAUGGAUACUGAUGAACAACAACGUGUCAAAGAGUGUUUAGCAAGUUCUGAAAAUCAGUUUUCAGCUCCAGCAACUAGUUCUCAACAAUGCACUGAAGAAACAGUCAAGCCAGCACCACAGAAACACCUGAUCACAAGUGAAAUUCAAGUACAUACUAUAAAUCAAAAGGUAAAAGUACCAGCAAGACAACCCAUAAAAUUGACUAUUCAACAAGAUGAUUGGGACAAAAUUGAAGAAAUGCCAGAAAUAGAAACAAAUAAAAGUCUUGAAAAUGCUGUAGGCCCUAUGGAUAUAGAAACAUUUAAUUUUUUAAUUGAUGAUGAAGACUAUAGUGCAAAUAACCCUCGUAGGAGUUCGAGAAUUAAAGAGUUGCAAAGUAGCAAACCACCUAUAACAAAUGAUGUUUCCUCAGAUAAAGAAAAUGGGAAAAAUUUCAAUAUUAAUUCAGAUAGCAAAAUCGGUCAAAGUUGGAAAAAUGUUAAAAGAAUGAGAAAAGAGUUCAGCAAAUUGAACAAGAAGAACAAAAACAAAUUAAACAUAUCUAUUGAAAUGUGUAAGAAAGCAAAACUUGCUGUAAAUAAAGGAGCUUUAUCUAACUCACAGCAAGUGUCUUAUACUAUUGAUGAAAACACACCUGAUAUUGCUGCUAUUGGUGAGGUCGUAACUAAAAAUACAGAUUUGAAGAAUCUUACAGCUUCUAAAGUAAGUUUUUUUAGGAAGGGGCCUCUUUUAAACCAGACCUCUUUGCAAACCACAUACAUAGAUACAAGCAAAACACACGUUAUUAAUGUAGAUAAUCCCAAUGUUAAAAAUAAAAACACUGAUAGAGUUGGUACAGGUGACAUUGAAAUUAUUAUUAAAAUAGGUAACACUUUGACGAAUAUUUGUAUACAGAAAAAAGAAAACGAAGUGCAGUAUAAAACUAAAACAGAUCGUGAAGUUCAGACUUCCUUGGGCAAUUCUGUAGUACAGAAUGAAGACAAUGUGCAAAGUUAAUGGUAAUUUAUAUAU